AUGUCGUCUCCGCUUACACGAUCGCUGCUGCUCGUGGCUGCGGCAAGCCACGGGAUUGCCCAGUUUGUUCCACCGCCUACGUCGCUUAAAGAAGUCACCGGGCAUUUGGAUAUUCCCGUUCGGUACAAGGAGGUUCCAACCGGGAUAUGCGAGCUAGAUCCCGAUGUCAAGAGCUACUCGGGAUACGUCGAUGUAGCAGAGGAUCAGCAUAUUUUCUUCUGGUUCUUCGAAGCUCGCAAUCAGGACCCCGAAGAGGCUGAUUUGACCGUUUGGAUCAAUGGUGGACCUGGCAGCUCGUCAAUGAUAGGCCUGUGGGAGGAGUUGGGACCAUGCCGAUAUGAUCCGUUCGGAAAUGUCCUGAGCAACGAAUAUUCAUGGUCCAAUGUUAGCAAUCUCCUAGUCAUUGACCAGCCGACCCAAGUGGGAUUCUCCUACUCUAAGCCAGUCGAUGCAUGGCAAUCUAAUGAUGGACACAUUGUGACUGUCGCGGAUGGCGUAUGCCCGGAUUACGCACCCGAAGGCUCAUGCGGAACUUAUUCAUAUCCUAAUAUCACAUUAACGGCAAAUUCAACCGCCAAUGCUGCUCCCAACUUCUACAGAACCCUACAGGGAUUCAUGGGAGCCUUCCCACAAUACUCACGGAACGCUUUCCAUUUCGCAACUGAGAGUUAUGGUGGUCAUUACGGUCCCAUCUUUAAUAAAUACAUCGAAGAGCAAAACGCGAAGAACAUCUCCGGCGCGAAGGAGAUCCAGCUUCAGUCGGUACUAAUAGGCAACGGGUGGUUUGACCCGCUUCUUCAAUACCAGGCUUAUUACAACUUUACCGUCUUCCCGGGAAACACUUAUGACUGGUUUCCUUUCAACGAGUCUAUCGAAUCCAUGUUCUACAACAAUGUUUAUGGUCCUGGUAACUGCGUCGACAAACUUAAAGACUGCUAUGCUACCCAAGACAAUGUGAUCUGUAACGAUGCUGAUAGCUUCUGUGCAUACAUGGUCGAGUCUGUGUACGAUGACAUCCUUGGCCGAGACGAAUACGAUUCGCGCGAAUUGACUCCGGAUCCGUUCCCGUACGGAUUCUAUCUAGACUACUUGAACUCGCCAAAACUGCAGGAAGCUAUCGGUGCCUAUACCAAUUUUUCCACUAGCAGCAACGUGGUAGGCCAAGCUUUCGAAAACACCGGAGACGAUAGCCGAGAGGCGGGUACGGUGGAAGCCAUUCGUUACCUCAUCUCGAAGAACAUUACCGUGGCCAUUUAUGCGGGAGACAGCGACUAUAACUGCAAUUGGCUAGGUGGAGAAGCCGUAGUGGAAGAGAUUGCCGCGCCGGGAUAUGCCGAUGCGGGUUACACGGACUUAAUCACAAGCGACAACAUAACCCACGGUCAAGUUAAACAAGCCGGCAAAUUCAGCUUUACGCGAAUUUACGAGAGCGGCCACGAGGUCCCCUUUUACCAACCUCUCGCUGCACUUGAGUUGUUUGAAAGGGUUAUAAAAGGCUACGACGUCAAGACAGGGAAGGAUAUCGUGCAAGCGGAGUACGUUACUCAAGGUACACCGAAGAGCACUUACCACCAGGGCAAUUCUACGUUCCAAUGGACGGUCACGCCGAGCAAUGCUACCUAUGAUGUUAAUACUAAUAAGCCGGGUGCUGCUUGGCAACCACCGCAGCAGGCUGUACUCAUGAAGAGGAGCUUUAAGUCUCGUCCCGUAGCCGGGCGUCGGGGCAGGUAA